AAAAUACAGACUAAAGCUUAUUUUUUCCAGGGGUAUAUAUUUAUUGAAAUUAUUUUUUAGCCAUUAAAUACAAAUUUAACAUCGGAUGAAGAAGAUCAUGUAUCACAUAUACUUGAUACAAUUACUGAAAAAGUACAUAAACGUCGUUUAGUUCUUUUUCCAUUUUUUAAACCAUAUGAUCGAAGUAAAGCUUUUACACGUGCUUGUACAAAACAUCAAUUUGGACGUGUACUUCGAACACUUGAUUUAAUUCCAUCACCUUAUGAUUUCAAUAUACUUUGUAAAAAAUUUGAAGAUCGUGAAACAGGAGAUAUUAAUUAUGUUUUAUUUUGUCAAAUGAUUGAACAAGAUUUUGUGGCGAUUAAAAUUGAAUCAGAACAACAAUUUCCAUUUGAACGUGCUCGAAUUGAUGAAGAACAAAAACGAGAAAAAUUCAAAGUUAAUAUUGAUACAUCCAAUGUUAAUCUAAAUGAUUUAAUCGGUCGUAUUCGACAUCAUGUUCUUAUUAAUCGAAUUCGCGUAAAAGAAUUUUUUGAAGAUUUUGAUCCUCUUCGUUUGGGUACAAUAAGUCAAUCACGAUUUAUUCGUGUUUUGGCUAGUUUAGGUCUUACUGGUCUUGAUGGAGUUCCAUUAACUGAAGCACAAAUGUUUGCUUUAUGUGAUCAUUAUCGUCAUCCAGAUCAACAUGAUCUUAUUGUAUGGAAACAAUUCGAACAAGAUAUUGAAUCAGUUUUUACAUUAUCUGAUUUGGAAAAAUCACCAACUAUUCAAGUUUCAUCACAAACUAUUUAUGAAAUGCCAACAACUGGUACACCUAAUUGGUCUAAUAUUGAUCCAUUUAAUAAAGAAGAAUUACAUCAAACUAUGCAAAAUUGGAAAACAAAAUGUGAACAACGACGUAUUGAUAUUGUUCGACCAUUUAAACAAUUUGACAAACAUAAUCGUGGACAUGUAACACGAGUACAAUUUCGUCAAUGUUUGGCAAUAGCUGGUUUAAACUAUACAGAAAAAGACUUAGAAGCUGUUGAAGCAGCUUUUAUUGAUGAUAAUGGUUUUGCUUAUCGUCGUUUUCUUGAAUGGAUUCAACCACAACGUCAUGAUCCUCUUCGUUAUAAUAUUUUACAAGAAGAACUUAAAAGUUUGAAUAAACAAAAAGUUUUAUCUGAUAUAAAAUCAUUAACAAGUAUUCAAGAUAUUUUACAAAAAAUUAAAGGACAAGUAUUUCGUCGUCGUAUACGUCUAUAUGAGUGGCUUAAAGAUCAUGAUAAAUUAAAUUGUGGUCGAUUAUCUUUUGAUACAUUUCGUCGUGCUAUAAAUCCAUGUCAAUUAGAAUUAACAGAAAGUGAAUUAUCUUUACUUGAAGAUUACUAUCGAUCACGUGUUGAUGUUGAUGCUAUUGAGUAUAAAAAAUUCUGUGAUGAAAUUGAAUCAAUAUUUACAACAGAUGCUUUGGAAAAAAAUCCACUUGUUAAUGCUGAACAGUAUGUAGCAAUUAAAGAUGCAACAAAUAUUCAUUUAGAUUCAGAUAAACAAGAUCGAGUGACAAAUCUUAUGGAUAAAAUGGCAAAACGUGUUCAUUCACGUCGUAUACAAUUAUUUCCAUUAUUUGAAGAUUUUGAUCGUGUUCGUAAUGGUCAUGUUACACAAAAUCAAUUUUUACGUGUAUUAAAUGAUCUUGGUUUAUUAAAAUUAUUAAAUGGUUUUGAAAAAGAUAAUUUAUUAGAAAAAUUUCGUGUUAGAGUUGGUGGGCGUGAUGAUAUUGAUUAUAUCACUUUUUGUCAUGAACUCAAUGCUUUAGCUGGUUUUGAAGCUGGAAUACCAUAA